GAGUGAGAACCAAUCGGCAUUACCGGUACCAGGUCGACCAAUAAGAAUAAGGGCUUAGUACUUGUUAGGGGUUUGGCUAAGGUUUUCCAAAUUUAUGGUCAAAAUUUAGAAUUGGCAUUAGUUAUAAUAGUUGUUGCCUCGUAAGCAGAUAAAAGUAUUCACAAAAAGUUGUGUUUUUAAGUGUGAAUAAAGACUUCUAAAAACUGUUUGUUUAUUUCGUUUAAUGGUGAAAUAUUUAUCAACGAUGUUGCAUUCGCAAGUUAAUCGUCACUAUAAUAUGCAUUAUGAAGAUACCGUGUCAAAUUACAACGUUACUUUGAAAAAUAAAGAUUUAUGGAAAACUUUUCACGCCGAGGGCACAGAAAUGAUAAUAACAAAGUCUGGACGACGAAUGUUUCCAUCCAUAGACAUAAAAGUUGAUGGUCUAUGUCCGGAUACAAAGUACCACAUUCUUCUUGAAAUGGAAGGAGUGUCUGGAACUCGAUUCAAAUACUCGACAUCAGGAGGUUGGUUUCCAACUGGAUCUGAAGAAGCCCACGGCCAACAGCGCUUCUAUUCGCACCCUGAUUCUCCAGCAAAAGGAUCUUAUUGGAUGUCUCAAACUAUUAAAUUUAGCAGACUCAAACUUACUAAUUCAGUAUCACCACCAGCCGGACAAAUUCUAUUAGCUUCAAUGCACAAGUAUCAACCAAAAAUAUGGAUAAUUAGAGAAAAUGAAUUGACUGAUGUUAUUUGGUCAAGAAAAUCAACUGUUGUUUUCCCGGAGACGCAAUUUAUUGCAGUAACUGCUUACCAGAACGAAAACAUUACCAAACUAAAAAUUGAUUACAAUCCUUUCGCUAAAGGUUUCAGAGAAACUGGGCAGGCGAAAUGUAAAAGAAGAAAAAGUAGCGAAAAAAAGGAUUCGAUAGAAAACGAACUCAUUGUAGUAGAUGAUUCACCCUCCGAAAAUGAGAGAUUAUCACCAGCGUCUUCGCAUUCUCUAUCUUCAAAUAAUUCGCAGCAAUUUGAAAAUAAUUCCGUAACGAGAAAUAGUGACAACUCGAAUUAUUUCCUUCCAACUUCCACGCAUUCUCCAACGGAUCUAACAAGUAGCUUUGGACCAGUCCUUCCAAGUUAUCGUUCAAGAUUUACCGAUUUCUAUUAUGGUAGUUCACCUUAUUACAUGGGAUGGAAUCCCAGUUUAAAUCAAACCAAUAUACCCAGUUCCAUCGAUCUUAGUUUACAUAAUAAUUAUUUUCCAUCGCAAGAAUUACCAAAACCAGUGAAACUGACUGAUUUUUCAAUAAGAGCGAUUAUUGGAUGCGAAUGAGAUAUACUACAUUUGAUUACCUGAUGUAUAUAUUGUGAUAAUAAUAUUUGACAAUGUCUAAGUGGAAGGUUUACAUAGAUUACAAUUUGAAAUAAAAGUAUUGUUGACAAUACUUUUUGUAAGACAUAAACGAGUGAUUCAUUUACAAAUGAAACUGACGAGCUUAAUCCACUCGAUUUUCAAAUCUUCUCCAAAAAUAAUUUUGAAGUCUCAAAUCCUUCUCAAACUCAAAGAAUUCACUUUAAAUGGAUGUAUGAGAAUUGACUUUCGAUUUGUUAAGGUCUAUACAUUAUUGCAUACGCUCAAACCAAUUCUGGAAACAUGUUUUCACUAUCAAACUGAUGUCUUGAAUAGCUUCUUGAGAUAAUGAAAGGACACGUCUGUAAGAUUUUUAAAAUCAUAAAAAAUUAUCCAAGGUGAACCAUCACGGUUUUUUUUUAUUCUUUUAAACAUUUACUAAAAACAACACCAACACCAACACCAACACACACACAAUUAAUUCUCUGAAGCGUUUCGAUAACCAAGUUAUCGUCUUCAGAGACUACAAUAAUACUAAUAUCUAUUUACAUGACCUACUUGUUUUAUACUGAAGGCCGUUUGUCCAUAUUUCUUUAAAACCCACUCUAUAGUUUAGUAGAAGGUUGAUUGAUGAGAAAAUUUAGUAUAAAACAAGUAAGUCAUGUAAAUAGGUAUUAGUUUCAUUUCAGUCUCUGAAGAAGAUAACUUGGUUAUCGAAACGCGCGUCAGACAGAGUAAUUGUGAGUGUUAGAGUAGUGGUAAAAAUAAAUAGUGUGUUCAGUAUGAAUUUUAACGGUUCUAGAAAUUUUAACUUAAUUACUUUAUUGUAAUCUGUGUAAAUUCGUAAACUAACACUGAAUUCUGAUUUAUUAAUUCUGCUGUAAACUCAAGAAAGCAGACUAAUAAUGUCUUUAAUAUAUUCAAAGUUACCAUAUUUUGUAAAUCGUUAAUGUAUUAUAUAAAUCAAUUCUUUAUACUUUUAUAAUUAUAUAAUUUUUGGGAGGUUAAUAAAAAAUUAAGAAACAA